UAACUCCUUAGGGCCGUCCUCUUGGUCUGCUGGAGUUUCAUUUUGGCGCCAGUUUCCUUCAGACAUCUAGACGCCUGACCUGGUGUGGUCCCCACCCUGGCUUCAUGGACAAUGACUGCAAAGCCCGUCGCGGUACAAGACCUUGAUCCUCAAAUGGCUCAGGAAACUCAACGGUUCCCAAACAGCCGCGCGCCUGUUGCCAUGGCGACUGGGCGAGAGGCCGGAAGCGAGGCCUAGCGUGGGGUUGCCCUACGGUCUCUUGGUGGCCGCGCCUCGUCCAAACCAGGAAGGUUUGCCUGAUGACUAGGCAGUUGCUCAUGUUCAUCAUCUGACGUGAUGGGACCAAGCCAGCCAGCUUCUACAUGUGUUCAUCUAGCAUCCAGUCUCCAACUGGAUGCAAUGAGUGACCCCAGGAAUCUUCAGCCCCAGAACCAGCUGCAAUUUAAUAGGAAUGUUCCUACAAAUCCCAGCAACUUGGCAAUCCGGUACUCUUGCCCACAUGGAAUUAAAAUUGAAAAACUGAAACACUCAUACAAUGAAUUGUAUCAUGAUAAAGACUUGGAUUUUAAAGCUGGAAAUGAAUUAAGCAGUUCUGUCUCAUUUUCUGUCAUAUCAGAAGAGAGGCUUAGCUAUGCUGUCCACCUAGCCAAAAGAGAUGUAAAACGAAGACAAUUUGAAGAACAUGUGAAAGAUCAUCUCAGAAGUCAGCCCCGUAGCUCUCACAAAUGUACACACACCAAGGUGGAAAGGAAGGACUCAAAGAGUCAGGAUGUCUGUCGCUGCAGCCACCAGCCAUCCAAAGUAAGCAUUUCCAGCUCCGGUGCCAAGGUGUAUGUGUACACAUCUCAUCCAGGACGAUCUGAUCUUACUGUGCCAAACUCACCACCUACUCAUGAUCCAGGACUCCAGCCACAACCCAGAAUAGAGGAGAACAAAAACCUGUGGGAACAGAAAGGCCUGCUAGAAGUUCAGCGACUCCAAAAGGAAUUGAGCAGUUGUAUCCGUAAGAUAGAAGCACUAACUAAAAAAGAUAGACUAGAAGAGGCUUUGGAUCCGGAUGAAGAGCAUCGAAUCCAAGUCAGGAGACAGGAGCAAGCUGUGCGCUGUGCCCGCAUGCUCUAUGUUCUUCAGCAGCAGGUAAAAGAAAUCCAGGAAGAAUUGGAUAAAUUGAGUCCACAAAAAAUUAAACAUACUAAAAAGUCAUGGGCAGUGUCUAGGCUGGCAGCCGCUCAUCGAGCAGCCAUCCGGGCCUUGCAAGUGUUUGUCACUCAGUUUACUGACCGAGGGGAGCACCCAGUUCCUGCUCGGUGUAGGGAACUGGGCAGCCUUAUUCGUCAGUUGUCACUGUGUUCUGCCAAGCUGGAUGCUGACCCUUCUGUGCCAGACGUUGUCAUAGACAUCUUGCAGCAAAUCGAGGCUUUGGAGUCUCUCCUGGAAAAGAAAUUGUCACCUAAAAAGGCAAAGAAAUGUUUCACAGAAAUUCGGAACAGAUUUCCUGCUGGUAGCCAGAAAAUCUUAGAGAGAUGGCCAACUGUACUGCCCAAGAGUGAGAGGAGACCCUUGGUCACAAAGGAGACAUUCUCACAGGAAACCAGCCGACCUUCUGUAGCAAAGAGGCUUCUUGCAGAUGUGUGUCAGCCUGAUGUGGAGCUUCCGAGGCUGGAGAGUGAAUUGGAUGUGUUGGAUGCAGAUAUUCUUCCAGAAGAAGCCCCCCGUAUAUUGGACCAUGGUACAGACUUCAAGGAUGAAACACAAGCAAAAUCACAGGCAGUGAGAAAGAAGACCUUGACAGGGCACAUGCCAUUUAGGAAGAAAGAUACUUUGGAGUCAGCCAGGCCACAGCAGGGACUCCACAUAUCUGAAAGAAAUCGACCAAACCAGCCUUACAGUAAAAGCAGGUUGCAGCAGACAACAGUGUCAUCUAGAUUAAAGAUGAACCGACAGCCUGUGAAAGACCAUAGGGCUCCUUGGAUACCUCCAAACCCCACAUCCCCACCAGCCUCUCCUAAAUGUGCUGCGUGGCUGAGGGUGAAGUACAGCCCCAGAGAUGCCGCAAAGGGCCAGUCCCUGCAGCAAGAGGAUGCCCACAAGGAAAGUCAGCUGAGAGGUGAUGCUGAGCAAGAAGCAGCCAGGCUUUCUUGGCCAGAUGCUGAAUCUUCCAAAAGACUGAAGGAACUAGAAGAACUGGAAGCCAAAGAAAUGGAAAGAAAGCAAAAGCAGAGGCUCAAUUGGCUUGAGGCUGAGACUUCUAGAAGAACCAAAGAAUUGGAUGAACUCAAAGCUGAAGAAAUGGAUAGACUUCAAAAAUUAAGUGUCUCUGCUACCCAGUUAGCUGACAAGGUGGAGGAGGCAGUUCUGGAGCGGUUGAAGCCCCUCUUGAUCAAGGCCCAGAGAGUGAAUUCUUCAGUGGAAGCAAAUAGUCAUUUGAAGGAUCGUCCGUCACUGAACACAGCAGCAGCGGCAGCCCAGCCUGCCGAGCAGGCUUCAGAUGUCCAUUUUCAAUCCAGGAAUAUGGAAGAUACUGCUCAUGAGCUCUGGGCUGUGACUCAUGAUAAGAUCUUGGGGUCAGAAACUUCAGCCAGAUUGGGGGACAGCAAGGACAGCCCAGAUCUAGAGACCAUGAUGCUCCGGAUGGAAGAAAUGGAAAAAUACCAGGAGACAGUUCGCCAAAGAUAUAAUAAAAUUGUAUACGCUGACCCUCACUUAUGGAUGCACGAAGAAAGAAAUGACCAGAACACCCCAGCAGUAAGUGAAAGACCUUUGGCUUCCCAUCCAAUCAAGAUCACCAAGACAGCCGCUCUCAAGUGCCCUGCUGUGAACAUCUUGUUAGAAAGGCCCUGCAAUGCCAACUCACUUGAUGAAAGUAUGGGAACAGAGGAGGGAUUGGAGAAAAGGGAGGGCUCUCUCCCCUUCUUCAGAGAAGAUCUGCAUCAGAAAGAAGGCCAGACUCACCUUUCAGUCCCACCAAGGAUGCAGCACAGCAUUGCUGAUUACUGUAGCCGAUUUGAGCAAUUCCUACGGAUCAUAUCUCAUGAGGCUGUAGGCUCCUUCAACCCAUGGCUUAUAGCUGAAAGCUUUUCAGAUGAGCUGGUAGAUGAAGCGCUGGGGGCCGUGGCUGCAGAACUGCAGGAUGUGUGUGAAGACUAUGCAGAAGCUGUGUUCACCUCAGAAUUCCUAGAGGCCGCUGCAUGAGAGCUGUCCAGGCAGGGCCCUCAGAUCACUGCUGGAGGGACAGCACCACCCGCUGUCAGCCCAUGGGGGAAUCUUUGUCCUCAGCUGCCCACUGAAGGGGAAUGCCAGGGAGGCCACCCUCUCCUUGUCUUAGCAGUGCUUCUAGAAGUUAUGAAAAGGUGGGUUACAUUUAUUAGCGCCUGAGGAGCAUGAGACAAUUAGAAAGGUACAACAUUUUCAGAAUGUAUAAUUUUCCUCUGACUCAGUUGGAGAUCAAAAUGUUUUGAAAGGUAAUAGAUAAAGGUAUUUCACAUAGGGAUUCUAGCCUCUGCUAAACCCAUGGGGGUGGAGAGAUCGGUGCUAACCCAAGUGCUGUUACUGUCUGGUCCUAGCACCUGGCUCCUCUUGGCAAGCAUGUUCAUCACAUUGUCACUGGUGUGUCUCCCUCCUGGGUGGCAAGCUACGCGGAGUGCAGAGUGGUGGUGCCACCAAGCCUCUGCUCAGCAGCAGUGGAAGUGGGGGGCCCACCACACAGGCACACAGAACACACAGGCCCAAGCUCACCUUUCUCCGUGGCUCACUUCCUAGGGAGUUUCACGUUCUCCAUUUCUGAGUCAUUUAUUGCUAUUUUGACACAUCCUAGUAUAAAAGGCAUUUCUCUGAAUGCAGAACAAGUAUGAAGACAGGAGAGGGCAGGCCUUCCCCAUGCCAGCUCACUCUCCCAGAAAGCAGAAGAUUCUCUGCACCACAGAGCAUCCCAUCUGGAGGAGGGAGCCAAGUGGAUGACAUGAAGACUUCUAGAGUCUUCGGAGGACCAGAGAUGCCCACAUGGCCUUUUGAAGGCUCUUAGGUCCUGGUGCCAAGGUUCUCAGGAACUCUGAAUUGAGAAGAAGAAAAGGGAUAUGCAUACAAAUAAGGCAACUGCCUGAAGAAAGUUUUCCUGGAUCAGUUUGCCUCAGUUAUUUUUGUGAGGCUUGCUGAAAGAAGUGUAAGGAACAAAGGGAGAGACAGCCAAGGACUAAUGUGAAUCUGGCUACCACAGAUGCCUCGAUGUGGCCUCCUGGGAUCAUUUCUAAGGUACCAGAAAUUCAGGUGAUGAUAUAAGCUUUUUGGUCACAAAAACUCAUUUUUUUAAAAAUAUUUUCCUGUGUAAUACUAUAUAACCUCAGAAAGGACAUCAAGGAACUCAUAGGUCUUCAGUCUGGAGAGUUAAACAUGUACACUUGAACCAGUAGAAGCCCUUGUCAUUGGUAGUCUUCAUUUGUCGUGGCAGUUUUUACUGUGCAGAUUUAAAAAAAAUAAACUCAGUAUUUUAAAUUGUCAA